AUGUCCACCCCCGACUCACCUACAUGGGCCGCACCCAAUGAUGUAGAAGAAUUCAAGCGGCAGUAUGAGGUCGACGCUGCCGACUUAUUUAACAAUAUCGCCGUCCUUGUCCAACGCAUCCGCCUCGAGCGGGAUACCUCCCGUACACAACUCGCCGCCACCAAUGAAACCAUUGACAACCUUGAGGAGCAGGUCACCCGGCUCAACCUCGACCUCAAUGUCGCUCGCGCCGCCCCCGCUCCCACCGUCUCCGUCCCCAUCGCCGCUGCUCCCCCACCUACUACUGUCCCCGCCUUCAGGUCCGAAAAGUUCCCAGACCCUGAAAAAUUCGACGGCACCCAUACCAAGCUCCCCGGAUUCAUUUCAUGGAUCGAAUAG